AUGUCUGGCCCUGCUGGCAAUCCUUACUCGCACGCUAUUCCCGCUGCCGACUCAUUCCAGCUUCUGCCCGAGUCGCAGAAGACUGGCGAAGCUGAGGAUGCCUUGUACGAAGCACAGAUCAAGGAAGUCGAGGCUUGGUGGUCUUCUCCUCGAUAUGCCGGCAUCAAGCGACCUUAUAGUGCUGCCGAUGUUGUCACCAAGCGAGGCACGCAGAAGGUCUCAUACCCUAGCUCCGUCAUGGCUGCUAAGCUCUUCAAUCUGAUCCAGGAGCGUCAGGCAAAGGGCGAACCUAUUCACACAAUGGGUGCCAUUGAUCCUAUCCAGAUGACGCAGCAAGCUCCUCACCAGGAAGUCCUCUACAUCUCCGGCUGGGCUUGCUCCUCGCUGCUUACCACCACCAACGAAGUUUCCCCCGAUUUUGGCGAUUACCCGUAUAACACGGUCCCGAACCAGGUUCAGCGUCUGGCCAAGGCGCAGAACAUGCACGAUCGUAAGCAGUGGGAUGCUCGUCGCAAGAUGACUGCUGAAGAGCGAACCAAGACUCCAUAUGUUGAUUACCUCCGUCCCAUUAUUGCCGAUGGUGACACCGGUCAUGGAGGUCUUUCUGCCGUUUUGAAGCUUGCGAAGCUUUUUGCUGAGAAUGGUGCCGCCGCAGUGCAUUUCGAGGAUCAGCUCCACGGUGGCAAGAAGUGCGGCCACCUUGCUGGCAAAGUCAUCGUGCCCAUUGGUGAGCACAUCAACCGACUGAACGCUGCCCGAUUCCAGUGGGAUGUCAUGGGCUGCGAAAACUUGGUAAUUGCCCGAACGGACUCUGAAUCUGGCAAACUUCUGUCGUCCGCCAUUGAUGUUCGCGACCACGAGUUUAUCCUCGGUGUUGCUGACCCAUCGAUUGAGCCUCUCGCUGAGACUAUCCAGGCUAUGGAGGCCAAGGGAGCUUCUGGUGCUCAGAUCGACACAUUCGAGGCCAAGUGGGUUAAAGACACCAAACUGGUCACCUUUGACGAGGCGGCCGUCGCUCACAUGCAAAAGGAGGGUGUUAGCCAGGAAAAGAUUGACGAAUACUUGACUGCCACUGCCAAGGACCGCGACAUGGGCAUCACACGACGUCGUGCCCUGGCCGCGCACUACUCCAAGACGCCGGUUUACUUCAACUGGGACGUUCCCAGAACCCGCGAGGGCUACUACCACUUCCGCGCCGGUAUGGAGGCUGCUACGAAGCGUGCAUUGGCUUUCGCACCAUACUCCGACCUCCUGUGGGUUGAGACUGGCGACCCCAACGUCGAGGUUGCUGCCAAGCUCGGCCGUACUGUGAGAGAAGAGUAUCCCAACAAGGGUCUGGUGUAUAACUUGUCACCAUCGUUCAACUGGAUGGCCCAUGGCUUCACGCCCGAGACGCUCAAGUCCUUCAUCUGGGAUAUUGCCAAGGAAGGGUUUGUCUUGCAGCUCAUCUCGCUGGCUGGUCUUCACUCAACGGCGACAAUCUCGUGCGAGUUGGCACGCAACUUCAAGACUGACGGCAUGAAGGCAUAUGUUGACCUGGUUCAGCGACGGGAGAAGGAUCUUGGAUGCGAUGUGUUGACGCACCAGAAGUGGAGCGGCGCCAACUACAUGGAUGGGGUGCUGGGAGCUAUUCAGAGCGGUAGCUCUAGCAGCAGGAGCAUGGGCGACGGUAACACUGAGGGUCAGUUUCACUAG